AUGUCAUUUUUGAUAAAGCUAUUUCAAAGUUAUUUCUUAGAUGAAAGACCCAAUGGUGCUGUUAUUGCUGAUAUAGAUUUGAAUUUAAAUCCUAAAAUCACUGUUGAAAGAUUGAAAAAUCAUAAAUUUACUAAAUAUGAAGUUUUAAAUUAUUCAACAUUAGCAUUUUUCUUUACAAUUUCAUUUUUUUUAAAUCAAUUAAACAUUUUCAUUAAAUUAGGAAUUGUUUCAUUAUAUAUAACGUCAUUAUUGAUUCCUUUCACUUCACAAUUUUUCAUUUAUGGUUCACCAGUUUUAGCAUGGGUUGCAUUUUUAUUUAAUUCUAAAAAUUUAGAUGCUGCUUUUAGACCACCAAUUUCUGUUAAAGUAUUACCAGCUAUUGAAACUAUAUUAUAUGGUGAUAACUUAUCUCAAUUAUUAGCUACUUCAACUGCACCAAUCUUGGAUAUAUUAGCUUGGUUACCUUAUGGAUUAAUUCAUUUUAGUUUCCCAUUUGUUACCGCUGCAUUAAUCUUUUUAUGGGGUCCACCAACUGCUUUAAGAUCUUUUGGUUUUGCAUUUGGUUAUAUGAAUUUAAUUGGUGUUGUUACUCAAGUUUUGUUCCCUGCAGCUGCUCCAUGGUAUAAAAUUUUACAUGGAUUAGAUCCAGCAAAUUAUUCAAUGUUGGGUUCACCUGGUGGAUUAGCAAGAAUUGAUGAAAUAUUAGGAUUUGAUAUGUAUACUACAGCUUUCUCAAAGACUUCACCAGUUGUUUUCGGUGCAUUCCCUUCAUUACAUUCAGGUUCAGCUUCAAUGGAUGCAUUAUUUUUAUUUUGGUUAUUUCCAAAAGCUUCACCAAUUAUCUUGUUAUAUGUUAUUUGGUUAUGGUGGUCAACAAUGUAUUUAACUCAUCAUUAUUUUUUCGAUUUAAUUGCAGGUUCAUUUUUAUCAUUUGUUGUUUUCCAAUUUACUAAAUAUAAUUAUUUACCAGUUAUAAAUUAUAAUUAUAAAAAUCGUUGGUCAUAUGGAUCAAUUAUAAAACCAAAUAUUUGGAAUUCAGAUCCAUUAAGUUUAUCACCAGAAAUUGAUGUUGAAAAUCAAGUUUUUUCAUCACAAAGAGCUAUUAAUAAUGUUGAAUUAAAUGUUAUUCAAAGACAAUCAAGAUCAAAUAUUUUUGAUGAUUCAGAAAUAACAUCACCUGCAUUAUCAGUUUUUGAAAAUGAUUCAGAAGUUCCAAGAUCUUUUUCAAGAGCUUCAAAUAAUUCACAAACUUCAAUUGAAUCACAAUUUGAUAUGUCAAUACCAGUUUCUGCAUCAUCAAAUUUACAACCAGGAGGUAAAUCAAGAUUAGAUUAA